AUGACAACUCCACGGGUGUUCACCUACCACUGCGCGUACUGCUCCAACCUCUUCCUCGCAUCCACCCACGACUUUUCCGCCCUCCCCAAGCGGAAAGACCCCGGCCUCGACCAUGCGAUCAUAGUCCCACUACCCCCUCCACCAAAGUCGGAAGACGAAUCAGACUCUUCUUCGUCAGAGGAAUCGUCCUCCGACGAGGAAGACGAGCCCGAAGAGCAGGCCAAACCAGUUGAGGCCAAACCAGCGGAGGCCAAGCCAACGAAGGAACCAGAGGCGCCAAUUGCUGAGAGAGCAGGCAAGGAGGUAGCAGAAGAGGCACGGCCAGCUGCUCCCGCGAUACCGCAGGAGAAAGCAGAUGUUGAAAUGAAGGAGGCACCGACUGCUCAGCCCAGUGAAAAGGCCACAGAAGCGGCAACCACCACCCCCGCCGCCGCUACCUCACCCGCGCCGGCCACCUCAAUGGCACCACCCCCCGCACCCUCCACCACCCUCACCGCCGACAGCGCCCCAGCAGCAACCCCCACGCUCCAAACGCGGGAAAAAGACGACUACACCCUCAUCCUCUCACUCACCAAAGACCGCACCGCGCAGAUCAUCACGCGCGAAGACGGGUUCGAGAAGCGGUGGAUCUGGCGCUGCGGCCGGUGCCGCAUCAUCAGCGGCUACCAGCUCGACGAUGCGCAUUUCGACCCGCCGGGGCCGACGGGCGCGAGCGAGACUAUGGAUGAGAAGGAGAAGAAGCGCAGCGACCGGAAGAGAAAGAGGUAUCUUUAUAUUUUGCCGGGGGCGGUGCUGCCGACGGAGGAGCUGGGCAGGGAGCUGAAGGAGAAGGAGGUUGAUGUGCUGGGGGGGGAUAUAGUGGUGUAA